CUCUACCUUCAAUAAAUGGCGUGGCAUUCCCAUCACUCUCUAAUCAUUCACACUCCCAUCCCUCAAUAUUCCAUUAUUAUAUAUCUCUUCUUUCCCUCACCACUCUCAGAGCCACAAAUUAGCUCUCUCUUCUUCUUCUUCUUUCUUUUUGGCCAUGUCGCUCAUUUUCUCAUCCUCUUCCACUUCUUUUCUUCUUCUUCCCAACAACAACAAUCUCUCUUCAAGGCUAAAGUUUUUGUUAUCAGAGGAAGGUUGUUGCUGAUCACGUGUUCUCUGCAACGCCGCCGCCGCAGAGACUCCGCUGUCACCCAUAAACAUUGGACCACCAGUCGAAAUGCUGUUUUGAGAGAAGAGCUGGAAGCGACGGUGGUUCCGACGUCUGUACCGGUCCGUGUAGCUCUCGAGCUUCUUCAAGCAGGACAGCGAUAUUUAGACGUUAGAACCCCCGAAGAGUUCAGUGUUGGUCAUGCCCCGGCCGCCAUUAACAUCCCUUACAUGUACAGAGUAGGUUCAGGGAUGACGAGGAAUCCACAUUUCUUAGCGGAAGUGGCUGUUUAUUUCAGAAAAGAUGAUGAAAUUAUUGUUGGAUGCCUAAGUGGGAAGCGGUCUCUUAUGGCUGCUGCUGAUCUUCUUGCUUCUGGAUAUAGCUACGUAACGGAUAUAGCUGGUGGAUAUGAAGCAUGGUCUCGCAAUGGAUUGCCCAUGGAAUUGUAAAUACUUCCCAAUUGUACAGUUACCGAUAAAAAUUUGCUCAACUCCCCUUUAUAAUCACACUUUCGUUGAAUAAAACCUCCCCAACAUAUCCAAUUCCCAAGAAAAAAAAAUCUCAAAACCAUCUUCAUUUAACAAUGAUCGACAUGUACAUCUUCCUUUGAAGUCAGAUAUUUCUCUUUUGUUUACGUAAUUAUUGUACUUAUUUUCCUAUUCUCAAUUACUUUGUAAGGAAAAUGUUAGGCAUGUUUGGAGGUAUUUUAUCACCAUGUUUAUAAAUCCCAAUAAAUGUAAAUUUUAUCUUA